AUGCCUAAGGUUUCCGUAAAAGUCAAAUGGGGCAAGGAAAUGUUUCCCGACGUGGAGGUAAACACAGAUGAAGAGCCAGUUGUCUUUAAGGCACAAAUCUUUGCCCUAACUGGAGUACAGCCCGAACGGCAAAAAGUAGUCUGCAAAGGUGUCACUUUAAGAGAUGAUUUGUGGGCCAAUUUUAAAUUAAGUAAUAAUGCAAUGGUACUAGUGAUGGGAAGCAAAGAUGAGGACCUUCCAGCUGCACCAGUUGAGAAAACAAAAUUUGUGGAGGAUAUGAAUGAAUCGGAGCUUGCAUCAGCUCUGGAUAUCCCGGAAGGUUUAAUUAAUUUAGGAAACACCUGCUAUAUGAAUGCAACAAUACAAUGCCUGAGGACUUGUCCAGAACUCAAAAAUGCUUUGGUUCAGUAUAAGCAUGAACCUAGUAGUGGAGCCGCUGGUAACUUAGUUACAGCUCUUAGCGACACAUUUAAGGCUUUAGAAGGUGGUGGCGCUGGAGCUUGUGCGGCUGCGGCAGCGAGACUUCUUCCAGCGCUUCACGCGGCUGCACCAAGACUGGCGGAAAGAGGUGCUGGUGGCCAGCUUGCACAACAAGAUGCCUCGGAGUGCUGGACUGAAAUUAUUAGAGCACUUCGGAUGAGGCUAAGCAAAGAGUACCAUGGGAAACAAUCAAACUUAAUUGAUCAAUUCUUUGGCGGUUCUUUGGAUGUGGAAUUGGUGUGCAGUGAAGCGGAAGAACCGCCUACAAAAUCCUCGGAGUCUUUCUUGCAGCUUUCAUGUUUUAUUUCGCAAGACGUUAAGUACUUGCAGUCUGGCCUAAGAUCCAAAAUGACUGAACAAAUCACUAAGAUGUCUGAAACAUUGGGGAGAGAUGCUGUGUAUACAAAAACGAGCAAAAUAAGCCGCCUCCCCUCGUACUUGACCAUUCAGUUUGUACGGUUCUAUUACAAGGAGAAGGAAUCGAUAAAUGCGAAGAUAUUAAAAGACGUAAAAUUUCCACUGGAACUAGACGUCUAUGACCUCUGCUCUCCGGAACUUCAGGAGCGACUGAUGCCCAUGCGGACUAAUUUUAAGAAGUACGAAGAUGCCUGUGUGAAGUCGUCACUAUCCACUCGGGACAACAACCAAGGCGACAAUAAAAAUGUAAAAGACAAAGAUAUUAGUUAUACCAGUGUAGGGCAUUCGUUUCCGAAUGAUUUAGGCUGCAACAACAGCGGCUACUACCGACUCCGAGCCGUAUUAACCCACCGCGGUCGAUCCUCGUCGUCGGGCCACUACGUGGCGUGGGUCAAGCGGGAUGACAAUUGGCUAAGAUACGACGAUGACACAGUCACGCCUGUGACAGAAGAAGAGGUGCUCAAACUGAGUGGAGGAGGUGACUGGCACUGCGCGUAUCUCCUCCUUUACGGGCCAAAGAAUUUGAAGAUUCCCCAGACAGACCAGUUCAAAGACAUCAUACAAGAAGUCAUCGCUAAUACUCCAGAAUAA